AAAUUCUCCCCUCAGCAGAGAAAAUCCAUUCGGACGAAAAGCACGUUUCUUUUGUGAAGACGAGGGACGUCGGUUCCAGAAUUGCAUCAAACGUCAGCAGCCAGGAAAAGGCCAGCGGCUAAAUGACAACCGGGGAGGUCAUUUGGGCACACAGGUACUUCAGAUAUAAAAGCACGUGAAGUCCAGGCUGCGGUUAUGGGUUCAGUGACCAUCACGUUUAACUAUGACACUUAUUGGUACAGGAAUCUGAUAAGCAGUUGGUGCAGGCAAAUAUCCAUGACAGAGUGCGAAAAUAUUGUGGACACAAGCGUUGUGAACCAUAACGAAGACAAUGGAAGAGUGUUUAUUUCACAAAUAAAUGCAAGAAUUGGCAUAGUUAAUGUGACUAUGGUGAAUUUACAACAUUGGGACACAGGUCUGUAUAAAUGGCGGAUAUGGACUGGAACAGACUACAGUAUAAUUGAGAAUGUCUUGCUGCAGGUGGUUUUUGGACUACCAUCCAAAUUACAUGUGGUUAAUGUUAAAGCGUCUACUACUGUGGAAAUGAAUUGCGAAUAUAAUAAGAAACAGAAAUGGUCAAAAGCAUGGUACAAGAUAAUGGGUCAAGAUAAACUCCAGUGGGUGGUUCAUUCUGAUGGAAACAGGAAUAUGGACUACAGUUCAAGAUCUUUAGUGUUUGUUAAUGAACAAAAGGGAGUUCUGGUAAUGAAGAUUACAAACUUGGAACUUUGGGACAGCGGUUUAUAUCAGUGUCGUGAGUCAGGAGGUGAAAUCAUCUUGAAGGAAAUCUUGCUGCUGGUAACUUCAGAUUCAAAAUACAUAAGUCCAGUUGAUGUGAAAGCCAAUUUCAGCAAUGGACAGAAUAGUAACUCUACAGUCGAUGGCAAAAAUGAGCACCACAGAACCUGGGAUAUUCUACGCUGGAUACUUUUUUUAUGCAUGGGACUGUGUGUUCUCCUCUUUAGCUAUUAUCAAAAGUUUUUAGAAAGUUUAUCUUACAUUCAUCUGAUGUGUAAUCGAUCACUAAAAAGGACCUGAUUUGAAACCUGGAUACAUGACCGUUCACACACUGUAUUACUAAUUGCAAUUAUGCCUUUAUUUUGAACAUCAAAUGGGUUAAAUAUGUAUAUGCAAGGUUAUUUCAAAUAAUCUAUUAUACCUGUUACUCAGCAAGUAGUUGCUCAGUUAACAGCCUUAUGAGAAACUUAUGUCUGACUUUGUAGGAAGUUUAUUAGAAAUUAACUUUUUUUAACUUUUAUUUAUUUUAUUCAUACCUAUUUUGUUUUUCAACGUAUAUAAAAAAUAACAAAAAUAAAAAACAAACCACACUAUAAUUUCAGUAACACAUUAAUUUGGCCAAUUUUGACAACCAAGCACUUAUUUUACAAA